GAGACAGUCUGCUAUGAAUGAGCACUUUUGAAUCUGACCUCUGGACGGUUUUGUGUUGCUAUUUAAUGCAAUGGGCUGUAUCCAGAGUAUCAGGUGUAAGCCUAAGAGUUUCCGAGACAGUAUCAUCGUCCUGGAGGUGAAUACUUCCAUCGACCCCAACCCUACGAGCAUCGACGAGUCAUCCAGCGUGGUACUGCGCUACCGGACACCGCACUUCCGAGCUCAUGCCCGGGUCCUUGUGCCGCCAGUAGCCGGCAAAGAGACAUGGACCAUCGGCUGGAUUCAAGCCUGUAACCACAUGGAGUUCUACAAUACGUAUGGAAACAAAGGGAUGUCGAGUUGGGAGCUCCCGGAACUGCGUGAUGGUAAAAUCCAGGCCAUCAGCGACUCGGAUGGGGUGAACUACCCGUGGUACGGCAACACCACGGAGACCUGCACUGUGGUCGGCCCCACCAAGAAGGACAACAAGUUCACCGUUAGUAUGAAUGACAAUUUCUACCCCAGCGUGACCUGGGGUGUGCCCGUCAGCGACAGCAACGUGCCUCAGCUUAGCAGCAUCCGCCGCGACCAGAGCUUUACGACGUGGCUGGUGGCCAUCAACCAGGUCACCUCGGAGACACUCGUGCUGCAGACGAUCCGUUGGAGGAUGCGGCUUCACAUCCAUGUGGACCCGGAGAAACCUCUGGGUCACAGGGCAGCUCUGAAAGAGCCCGUAGCCCAGGAACAGCCCGAGAUCCUGGGCAAGAACGAGCCCAUCCCCUCCAACGCAAUGGUCAAGCCCAACGCCAACGACGCCCAGGUGCUGAUGUGGCGGCCAAAGAAUGGUGACCCCAUGGUGGUCAUCCCACCCAAAUACUGACCUGCUUCACUGACCAGACUGGCCUUGGAUACCUUAACCGUAUCAUCUCUUAUUUAUUCUCUUUUCUUUGGUUCCUGCUCGUCACCAGCUCUCACUGCUUUAACCCUCCCUCCUUUUUCUGCCUCUAUAUUCUUCUCUCUUAUGUUUCAAAAAAAGACUGACGGAGAGAAAAACAGGCAAAGGAAACCACCUCUGAGAAAAAGACCAGCUGUUGCUCUCAGGUGGGGGGCUUGAACACACUUUUGAAACUGGAGUGAACAAACUGCAACCAUUCUACCUUCAAACUGGGGCGGAUCGCACUGUGCUAAAUGAAAUAAUUGCAAAAAUGAAAAACAAAAGAAUUUCUUUGUUUUUUUAUUUCAGUUUUAUAUUUUGGCUGUUUUGGGCCAAGCGAUAUGGGGUUUGUGAGUGUGGGUGUAUUUAAGUAUUUACAUGACCAUGUCUGCACACAUGCUACAAAGAUGGAUGUGCGCAAACCUUGUGUAUGAAUACCAGUUGUGAUUUUAUUUAUGGGCUGGGAAGAGUGCAUUUAAUUUUGUUUUGUCGUUGCAUUGGGUGACAUACUAGAUUUUAGGACUUUUUUUUAAAAACAUGCAAGACAUUCAAUCCACGCUGCCUUAAGUUUACAUUGCUUUUCAUUGCAAACUUUUUCGCCUUAAACAAAGUGCAAUGCAGUAUUUUGCUCAAUUGUCCAGUCUCUUCCAGACAUGUUGGUGCUGGAAUAUGUGGGUUUACAACAUGAUCGAUAUGACAGAAGAAGGGGUCUGAUGGCUCUAUGUUAUGUUGCAUUUACCUGACAUAUGUAUUGUUGCACAAGUACAACCAGCAUUAUGCGUAGACACAGUUAUACAACCAGACUAACUAGUUGUGUUUCAAGCGCAUUAUGCAACAGUAGUGAUGCUCUGUACUGAUACAGAGAACACCAGUAAAGCCAACCCUCGUCAAUAGCACUCAACGCAAUAACAACUUGAGCACAAAGUACUCGAUAGCACUCCUCAGCUAACCUCAUUUCAUUCACUUUAUUCUGUUUAUAGGCCUUGCCUUCAACAUCAGAACACUUGCUUUCCUUUCUCUGUGUCACUCCAUCUCAGGGCCCCUUUUUUACACUUCCUUCCCUUCUCUUGUUGCAUCAAUCUAGUCUGGCCUACACUUUCUUGCCAGAGAGUAACUGUGUUUGCAUUGCUCACAUUGAACAAUCAAUACUUUGAUUAAUAAGCAGCCACAGACAGGAGAAAUAACAGAGAGACUUAAUAACUGGAGAGUGAAAACCGCAAGAUAUUUGUUGUGCUGACAAUCUUAUACACGUUUUAAUUUAUAAUCGUUGCCUUCCUUUAAAUGAAUAACACUCCUUUUCUUUCUGUUAUAUUCAUUUUAAGACAUGUCUCUCUGUUAAAGGUGGUUUUGUCUCUCAUCCUCAAUCAUCUGUAAUCUUUAUCUACACCAGAGUUCUUCUUCCCCCCCUUGAUUUCCCCUCCUCCUUCUCUCGUUUCUGUCUGUUCUUGAGGCUGACGAGCAGAGCAGGAAGCAUGCAAGUUUGAUCCUGACUGCUCGGUUGGCAUAUAGAUGACCCACUUCUCUGCCCUCCAGUUGUAGCUCUCGCUGCAGAAAUGUGGGGGUUUGUCUCCCUUUAAUUCACAGCCAGUAGAUGUAAGACACAAACACGCAUACACAAACAGCUCUGGUCAGCUAGAUACCAACAUUAAAUGAGAUGAAGCCUGUUUAGCUGUUAAUCUUUCAUGUGCUUCAGCUGGAAAAACUCCAAACACUUAAAAGCAGAGAGAAAGGCUGAUUUUGGCAUCAUGGGAAGCCAAGAUAUGGGUAAAAAGUUAUUUAUGCACAAAAGUUUUUUUUCUGUUACUGGCCAGUUUUUCACUUUUAGAUGCAAAUAUCUUGCAAGCUCACUGCUCUCACCAAGUUCCCUUAUUUUCGCCUCAAACCAAAGAAAUAAUUUACGUGCAAGACUGACCUGCUCAUGUAUUUCACAAAGAUCAUUAAGCUGCUGCUAUUUCAGUGAAUCAGCGUCUCCUUACAAGAAACUGUGUUUUUUAAGGGCAUUAUGUCCAUUUAACUGUACAAAACAAGAUUAUUUUGUGAUCAAACUCAUUAGGCAGGUACUAUGAUUCAGCUGAUAUUUCUACCAGACCGUAAAUAAUUAAUUCUACAUUUUGGGAAAUAUGCUUAUUCACUUUCUUGCAGAAAAUUAGACGACCAGAUUGAUACCUAUCUCAUGUGUGUAAGCUAAAUAUGAAGCUACAGGUGGCAGUUAGCUUAGCUUAACGAGUAUUUAUGCUAAGCUAAGAGUCUCUUGGCUCCUAGCUUUAUAAUUAACAUGCAAUAACAAAAGCUUAGCUGAACCAGAGCUCAAACAUCAACUCAUGCAGUCAAUUUGAUGCCACAAACUGAACUGCUUUGUUCACAUCAUAACUACACUUUAAGCUAGCACAUGGCUACAUGUAAACACACCUGCUAGGCUUGUUUCAUGUCUAACCACGUUAGCCUGUGCUCCAUGCUGGGCUGCAAGACGAAGAGAAGAGGCUAUUGGGGGACUGCUGUCAUAAUUAGAUCUGCAGUGACACACUUGCAUGCCCUAGAUGGGCUUAACUGUGCUGAGUCGGUGCCGUGCAGCGCAAUGGCCAGCUAAGGUCAUGGUUGAGGUUUAAGUGAGGUCAAAUAGCAAAGGUCAGGGUCAUAGAGUUUGUGUGAGGCGAGCUGUCAAAGUCCUAAAGUGUACUGCAGAGAGUCAGGCGACGGUGGGGGAAUGAAUAUGAAGGGUGACAACAAAUUAAAUCCAUUCAGACAUUAAAGCGAUCCUAAAAUAACGUGACAUUUACCAAGCCCGACUUGGAUGUCAGCCACAAGUUAUUUCAAUUUGUGGUUUGUUUUGAUGGCAGCAGAGAAAGCUCCGGCUCAUGUUAUAUACUCGGUGACCUUUCACCUGUCGUAGUAUUUGGAUCUUCCUGCUAAUGUCUUGCAAUGACCUAUGGACACUGUGGGUAGUGCUUGAGCUUGGACUACAUGUAAUACCAUUAAACCUUGACACGCAGAUGUUUCCCGCACUCACAACAUGCACGUGUGUGUGUAUUCAUGCGAGCGUGUGUGUGUGUGUGUGUGUGUGUGUGUGUUAAAUCCCAGUUAAGGGAUUUAGGCAGGAUGAGGAGUUCCAAUGAUGUGCUUCUGCUGUUGUUGAGUCAUGAUUCGUUCUCUCUCUCACACACAAACACAGUGCAGGAAAGGUUACGUCCUUGUCAUAAAACAGGGACAGAGCUUGCCCGCACACGCACACACACACACACACACACACGCACACACACACACACACACACACACACACACACACACGCACACACACACACACACACACACCAUCACAGACAAACACCCUGGGGGGAAAGGAGCAGGCCUGGCGUGGUAUCUGAUUGUCACAGCAGUACAUUGGCAGUAGGAACUCAUUUAUCAGCCCUGCACGUUGACCGUCUGAACACAUGCACAUGCUACAAAGCCAUAUGCAGAAACACAGCUGUUAAGAUUUGCUAAUAAACAGGAAGUGAUACAUGCUUUAACGUGAAAGAGAAAUGGAAGUAUUAAGGUCACUGAGUGGGUGCCUGUCAACUAUCAACAGCAUAUAUUGUAGAAUAAGGGCACUAAUUGUCUUCUGUGUGUGAGUCUGAAUUUGUUAGGAUGUGUUAAUGAUGUGUAUUUUAUGUUAACAAAACAGAAGAACUUCAUAAAUGCUUUAUGUGCUUCCUUAAAUAAGCCACAGAAAAACAGAAUGGCACAUUGUUUGUUUGUUUGUUGUAUGGAGGGCCGAAGGUGCCAAAAUUGGACAAAGCCAAAACUAUGCAGUGGGACAUUGUAGGUAACUCGUGAACUCUUGGCAUUUAAUAACAGGCCUGUUUUCAGUUAUUUUUAAUCAUUAAAUGCAAUGUUCAUAUUUGUAUUUCCUGACAAACAUUACAAAUGCAAAAUGUAGCUACGUGGAAGAUGUUUUGUUGCAGUUUUUUCUGCUUGUAGGGCUGAGCUGAGUGGAUGAAAGCCUCCCCUCCUAAACCCACAUCAUUAGAGCUCUUCAGAGGGCUGCUUCUGAUCGUUAUGUAAUUAUUUAAGUCCCAUCAGUGAAUCAACAGCCCUUUAUUUAAACCAAUAAGACAUCCCAAGUUCACACUCCGGAUCGCCUGCCUUCAUUUCCUGACUUUUACUUUUGGUUCCAUCCAAAAUUAAAUUUGCUGUUGUCCCUUAAAAAAGUCCCAUGGUUUAAAAAAAAAAAAACUAAAUGUAGCACAGAAAAGAAUAUGAGCGACUUGGUACAUUUCUCAUUUUGUUUUGUUCGUUUUCCAGAUAUAAAGCACUGAAAUUGUUUAAGCAGUGUGUGUACUUUUGUUCAGCUUUGACUUUUACACCAAUACUUGAAAAUGGGUCAGUCAGCAAAUAUUUAAAACUGUGAAAAUGCACAACACUGGGGAAACAAACCCUGAAAAAAAUAGAUAUAAAAAAAGGACUUUUUAAUAAAUGAAUAACAUGUACA